AUGCCUAUGCUUCGAAACCCCGCAGAUAAAUAUGAUGCUUUCAGCCCGCCAGACCUCCCGGAUAGGACAUGGCCAAGCAAAAGGCUCACAAAGAGCCCGCGUUGGCUGGCAACAGAUCUACGAGACGGAAAUCAGGCUCUCGCCUGUCCAAUGAACGUGCAGCAGAAGUGGGAGUACUUCCAAAUGCUUCUUCGAGUCGGAUUCAAAGAGAUAGAUGUCUCAUUCCCAAGCGCAUCAGACACCGAAUACAACUUCACUCGUAGUGUCGUCGCCUCUGCCCCCUCGGAUGUGUGGCUCCAAGUCCUAUCGCCAUGCCGUAAGGAACAUAUUCGGCGCACAGUCGAUAGCGUCACAGGCGCAAAGAAGGCUAUCAUCAGCCUCUACAUUGCGACCAGCGACACCUUCAUUGAAACUAUGUUUGAGUCCACGCGAGACGCAGUCCUACGCACUGCAGUUGAAUGCGUGGAGUACACCCGAGCCAUCACCAAAGAUGACCCGGCCCAGCAAGACACAACCUGGAACCUAAUGUUCAGCCCCGAGGCGUUCUCAGACACAGACCCUACCUAUGCGAUAGCGAUCUGCAACGCGGUAAAAGAAGCAUGGGGUCCAUCGGACGAAUUACCUAUCAUCCUCAACCUUCCUGCAACUGUCGAACGGUGCACUCCAAACACAUACGCAGAUCAGGUAGAAAUCUUCGCACGCGCAUUUGCAAACAUGGACAAUGUUGUGGUCUCUUUGCACCCGCAUAACGACCGAGGUUGUGCCGUGGCAGCUGCUGAGCUCGGUCAGCUUGCGGGCGCCACCCGUGUUGAGGGCUGUCUCUUUGGCAACGGCGAGCGGACAGGAAACGUCGACCUCGUCACCCUCGCGCUGAACCUGUACAGCCAAGGUGUCGACCCGGGACUUGACUUCUCCGAUCUCCCCGCGAUUCGCAAGAUCGUGGAGAAAAUCACCCAAAUUCCUGUGCAUCUCCGUGCUCCCUAUGCAGGAGACUCUGUUUUCAUGGCCUAUAGCGGAUCUCAUCAGGACGCGAUCAAUAAGGGCUUCAAGAAAUGGCGCGAAGGACACGCUGCGACACCAGGAGAACCACAGCGUAGUCUCUGGAAAGUGCCUUACCUCCCCAUUGACCCUGAGGAUAUCGGAGCGACGUAUGAGGCCGUUAUUCGUAUCAACUCGCAGAGCGGGAAAGGAGGAGUUGCUUGGGUGCUGCAGCGAACCCUGAAUUUGGAACUACCGAAGGAAUUCCAGCAGGCGUUUUCAAAAAUUGUCAAGACCGAGUCUGAAACGAAGGGUCGGUGGCUUACGGAGGCGGAAAUCACCCAGGUGUUCCUGCGUCAUUACUCCAUCCUAGAAAAUGAUGCUCGCAUUCUGGAUUGCAGCGUGUCACCAAAGCCAGAUGGGUCGGGGCGCGUGAUGGUGCGAUCAAUUAUCUUGGUUAGAGGUCGCCCGCGUGAGGUCGUUGCUACGGGUGACAAUGUAGCUGAUGCCGUCUCUUUCGCAUUCUCUUCUUUGGCUGGACUGAAUUUGGAGUUCGAGGUUGUGCAGCGCGAUAUCAAGGGAAGUGACGGCGAGGCACUUGUUAUGACUCUGGUCAAGUGUAGAGGAACUUGGCGCGCGAGAGCUGCUCGACAGGCAGAUCUUGCCGUUGCAUUGGCAUGUCUCUCUUCUGCCUUGGUCAGUUCUUGCCUCUAG